CCUGGAUCCCGACGUCACCGCUCGUAAUUCGCGCCACCGAAGCCGUGACGUCACCCACGCCGGAGCCGUGACGACACCGCCUCUCCUGGCUCCGCGAAGCGCUGCUCAAACUUCCCGCCCAAACGAGAAUCUUCCGCGGAGGCUGGCGGGAGCUGGGCCGGUCAGCUGACGGGGCCGCUGGAGGAGGCAGUCAGUCUGGAAAUUUCUCUCCCCGGAGUUCAGUCAAACAGUCUCUCCGUCAGAAAUCGAAGUAAAACUAUCGGGAUGUUCGGUUCCCACUCUUAAACCACAUAUUUAGUUAACAAUAUUACAUAGACUUUUCUUAACUUCACUUCCCCCAUUAAAGGAGAAAAUCAUCCUCUUGAAUCCCGUGAUGUUUUGAAAAGAAAGGCUUUUUUUAUGGCUUUAGUCACGUUAAGCCGGGCGGGUGGGUAGAGAGUUAAAAUAAUAAUUAUUACCAAAUACAAAACUGUGUGAUACCUGUUUACCCUUAAGAACGGGGCGGACCGCAUUUGAUUGACGGGUGGGGAAGACCAAUGGGAGGCAGAGAGGCGAGCGGCCGAGCCAAUCGGAGAAGCGACGGGGCGAGCAACCGAAGAGGCGUGCGCGUUAACAAGAGGGCGUGCGGCUGUUCGCGGGCAGUCUGGACCUCCCACCCGUUUGAGGAAUCCUCCCAGCCUGGACUGGAGGAGCCCAGGUCAGCAGAGCACAAGCAGCCAUGGAGGAGCACACUCACCUGUUCGAGGGGGAAGACUACAAGAUGCUGCUCGGUCUGCUGAGUUCCUCCAGCUAGUUGUCCUCAACCACCAGCACUGAAUGAUCCAGUCAAGGACCAUGUCAGUAGAUCUACAGACGGACUCCUCGCUCCAGGUUGAGAUCUCAGAUGCUGUCAGUGAGAGGGACAAAGUGAAGUUCACCGUCCACACCAAGACAAACCUCUCCCACUUCAAGCAACCAGAGUUCUCAGUGGUUCGACAGCACGAAGAGUUUAUUUGGCUCCACGAUGCCUAUCUGGAGAAUGAGGAUUAUGCUGGGAUCAUAAUCCCACCUGCACCCCCAAAGCCCAACUUUGACGCGUCGCGGGAGAAGCUGCAGAAACUCGGCGAGGGCGAUGGCUCCAUGACCCGUGAAGAAUUUGCCAAAAUGAAACAAGAGCUCGAGUCUGAGUACCUGGCUAUCUUUAAAAAGACGGUGGCCAUGCACGAGGUCUUCCUGCAGCGACUGGCUGCUCACCCCGUGCUCAGAAAGGAUCACAACUUCUACGUAUUUCUGGAGUACGAUCAGGACCUGAGUGUCCGUGGAAAGAACAAGAAGGAGAUCCUGGGUGGGUUUCUGAAGAACAUUGUGAAGAGUGCUGAUGAAGCAUUAAUAACCGGCAUCUCUGGGAUUAAGGAAGUGGACGAAUUCUUUGAGCACGAGAGAACCUUUCUGAUCGAGUAUCACAAUCGGGUCAAGGACGCCACGCUGAAAGCGGACCGCAAGACUCGAUCUCACAAAAAUGUGGCUGAAGAUUAUAUUCCAAUCUCUUCUGCCUUGUCCAGUUUGGGAACCUUGGACGCGAGCCCACUCAGCAAAAACUUACUCAAACUCGCCGAGCUUUUUGAAAAGCUCCGGAAAUUGGAGGGACGGGUAGCAUCUGAUGAAGAUUUGAAGCUUUCCGACUUGUUACGAUACUACACGAGAGAUUCACAGGCAGCCAAGGACCUCCUGUACCGGCGAGCCCGCUCCCUGUCAGACUACGAGAACGCCAACAAAGCCUUGGACCGGGCCCGCAUGAAGAACAAGGAUGUGAAGCAGGCCGAAGCCAGCCAGCAGCUCUCCUGUCAAAGGUUCGAGAAGCUCUCUGAAUCAGCCAAGCAAGAACUCACAGACUUCAAAGUUCGCAGAGUCUCUGCAUUCCGAAAAAACAUGAUUGAGAUGACUGAGCUGGAACUGAAACACGCCAAGGCCAACCUGCUGCUCCUGAGGAACUGUCUGAGCACGUUGCGAGAGGAACAGUAGUUAGUUGCUUCCACUGUGUUUUGAGAUGCAGUGUCCCCACUCUCCUUCCAUGUUUAUUAUCAUGUUAGAAUUGUUUCCAGGGCUGGGGUGAUGAAUAUCAGAAGACCUGUGCUGCUGCCGAUUUGAAUUUUUUUUUGUUUACCCAUUUAUAGUCUUAAGCAGCCCCCGAGCUGGUGACAGACUUGGUGUGUCCUGUGUGUGGACGGGGAGGGAAUGUUUUGUCAAGAGUUCCUGUGUCCUGACCUUUUUCUUCCCCCCACGGGGGGAGAUCCAUGAUAGGAUCCGUGCAUUUCCUCCCCACUCCAUCCCCAGAAUUUGUGUAGGGUGGGGAGAGUGUUGGAAGAGGGAGUGGGUCAUAACUGUUUGAACCCUCUGCUGUGACCCCUCUCCCCUUCUUGACUUCCAGCUCUCCCAGCCUCAGACUCCUUACAUCAUUGGAGGUGCUGAUUGCUGAGAUCUCCUGUAUGACUUGAAACUUCUCUGCUAAAUUUGCCCCCCCCCCCCCCCCCCAAGGAUGGGCCUCGGAACCCAGAUGUUCUCUUUUGCCCACUGCAAUUUCAAAACAAAACCUGUGCCAAUCGUCCAGGGUUAGUUAAAUCCAAACAAAUUGCUAGUCAGGCAGCAUCUGCAAGGGAAGUUAAUGUUCUGGUUCACUGGAACUUAAAGGUCAUCGACCGGAAAUAUUGCUUCCCCGUACUUGAGUAUAUCCAUACCUGGUUAAAGAGUCCCGUGAUACAGGAGAGAAAAUGAACACUGUUAACUGUUCAGUGUGAACCUGAAUCACCUGCAAUUUUCCAAUCAAUUGUGUUUUUGGGUCAGGACUCUUGCCUCCACUCUGUACUAUCCCUUUCCUAGGAUUGUCUGAUGUUCUGGUGUAGAGGAAGUUUUCUUUCAUGUCUGACUUGUGCUAUCCCUGCUCAGGGAGUGUUUGAAGUGCCAAUGUUCUCCCCUCCUGGUACCAUCAAUCUGUUGCAUAUUUUGUUUUAAAAAAUAUUAAGGACCAAAACACACACCACCCUUGACAAGAGACCUUUCUCCUGCUGCAGACGUGGCCAUUUUGGAGUGUGGCUCUCCCUUCUGCCUGGUUAUCACUGUUGUUGGAAUCAGUCAGUCUUGAGGUAAAGCUGGGGCUGUUGUAUUCCUAAUGAACGAGGCAGCAAGAAUUCAGCUCGGUCACUCCCAGGCUAAGUAGGAGGGUUCCCUUCACAUUCUGUGCCCUAUUUUUGUUGUUCGAAUAGGUAAAUGUUUAAAGUCCUGGUUUUGGGGCAAUUCUUUAACCAGCUCUCAGUUACUUUGACCCUCUCUGAUUUAUAAAUAAAACAUGGCUGAAUUUAAUUUGUGUUGACUCUCCAACA